AUGGAGAAGAUUACGGAUAAAAUCAAUUCGCUGCCCGAUGGCGCAAACUACUUCUCCCUCGAGUUCUUCCCGCCGAAGACGGCCAUGGGUUUCGCGAACCUACAAACGCGACUAGAGCGCAUGUCACAGGCGCUGCGACCACUCUUCGUUACUGUUACUUGGGGUGCGGGAGGAUCAACGGCCACCAAAUCGCUCGAACUCGCAGAGAUAUGCCAGCGCCAAUUGGGCCUUACGACAUGUUUACAUCUGACGUGUACCAACAUGAACCGCCAGCUCAUCGAUGACGCGCUCGAACAGGCAAAGGUGCUAGGUAUACGGAACAUUCUGGCCUUGAGAGGUGACGCGCCAAGGAGCGAGGAGUAUAGGGAUGAGGGGACACCACCAGAACAAGACUCCAACAAGGACUUUACCUGGGCUAUUGACUUGGUCAAGUACAUCCGGAAAGAGUAUGGCGACUACUUUUGCAUCGGUGUCGCGGCCUAUCCAGAAGGCCACUCGGAUCAGAGCCACCCAGAGCACCAGGACCCGCUGACUGAUCUGCCGUAUUUGGUCGAGAAGACUAAGGCAGGCGCCGACUUCAUCAUGACACAGCUGUUCUACGACGUCCAGGCCUACGACAAGUUUGAGAAGAUGCUCAGGGAACAUGAGAGUGGAGUGUUUAAGACGAUACCCAUAAUCCCUGGCUUGAUGCCGAUUCAAUCCUACAAGAUCCUCCUUCGGACAACCAAGCUCUCGCACGCGAGGUUACCGGCAGAAAUGUUGGCGCGACUGGACGCGGUGAAGAGCGAUGACGAACUGGUCAAGCAAAUGGGUGUACAGAUCAUGGACGAAAUGGUGGAACACAUCAAGGCGCGGCCGGAAACAUGCAGGAGGGGAUUCCAUUUCUACACACUCAAUCUGGAGAAAGCUGUAUCGCACGUCGUAGAAGACACGCAUUUGAUACCGACGACUAUAAUGGAUGACGAAGAAAUCAUAGUCGAAACAACACCCGCCAUCAACCUGGAGCCACCACCGAACGGCCUCAUGGCCCGCAGACGUCGAUCUUCAGCUGUUAACUCCGGCCCGUUCAACAGAGUCAUAAUAUCACACGGUUCGGGCGCAAAGUCGAGUAAUCACUCGUAUGAAGCCACAGAAGAAGAGGCCGGAGUACCACGAGGCCCCAUCAACACCCGCGCGAACACGCUGGCCAUUUCAGAAGGCGAGGGCUCACUAGGCCGCGAAGCAACAUGGGACGACUUUCCCAACGGUCGAUGGGGUGACGCGCGCUCUCCCGCCUUUGGUGAGAUUGACGGCUACGGACCAACCCUCCACGUUUCCACACCACAAGCCCUCAAGCUCUGGGGCUACCCCGUCGAGAAGAAAGACAUCUCAACCCUCUUCCGCCGCCACAUUGAAGGCGACCUAGAAGCCAUACCCUGGAGCGAACAAGGCCUAUCCCCCGAAACCUCGACCAUUAGUGCACAACUCCUCGCCCUCAACGCCAAAGGCUGGUGGACAGUAGCCUCCCAACCUGCCGUUAACGGCGUCAAAUCCACGGAUCCCAUAUUCGGCUGGGGCCCCAAAAACGGCUACGUCUUCCAAAAGCCCUUCGUCGAAUUCUUCAUCCCUGCCGCUGAAUUCCAAGCCUUCAAACCCAAACUCCAGGCCCACGACCAAGUCACAUGGUUCGCAGGCAACGCAGCCGGCGCCUUUGAAGCCUCACAAGAAGACGGCGUUAAUCCCGUCACGUGGGGCACUUUUGCAGGCAAAGAAAUCGUAACUCCCACCAUUAUCGAGGCUGUCAGCUUUAGGAGUUGGCUUGAUGAGGCAUUUAGUAUUUGGAAGGAGUGGCAGAGAAUUUAUCCCCCCAGGAGUGGGAGUAGUGUGCUGCUUGGGGAGUUGAGCAAGGAUGUUUGGUUGGUCAAUGUUAUCUGGGGUGAUUUUGUUAAUGGGGAGGGGUUGUGGGAGUUUUUGAGGCAGUGA